CUCCGGACAAGAUGGCGAGGGGCGAGGCUGGUGUGACUUUAGAGCAGCCGCACCUUUCUCGGCAAGAUCUCGCUACUUUGGAUGUUUCCAAGUUGACGCCACUUUCACAUGAAGUUAUCAGCAGAUGAGCCACAAUUAAUAUAGGUACAAUUGGUCACGUAGCUCAUGGGAAAUCUACAGUUGUAAAAGCUAUUUCUGGAGUCCACACUGUCCGUUUCAAAAAUGAACUGGAAAGAAAUAUUACAAUCAAACUUGGCUAUGCUAAUGCUAAGAUUUAUAAACUUGACGACCCAAGUUGUCCUCGGCCAGAAUGUUUUAGAUCCUGUGGAAGUAGCACACCCGAUGAGUUUCCUACAGACAUUCCAGGGACCAAAGGGAACUUCAAAUUAGUCAGGCAUGUUUCCUUUGUUGACUGUCCUGGCCAUGACAUUCUGAUGGCUACUAUGCUGAACGGUGCCGCAGUGAUGGAUGCUGCUCUUCUGUUGAUAGCUGGUAACGAGUCUUGUCCUCAGCCUCAGACAUCUGAACACUUGGCUGCUAUAGAAAUCAUGAAACUGAAGCAUAUUUUGAUUCUACAAAAUAAAAUCGAUUUGGUAAAAGAAAGCCAGGCUAAAGAACAGUAUGAACAGAUCCUUGCAUUUGUUCAAGGAGUUGGAACAAAAAUUGACCCCACUUUGUGCCGGGCUGACAGAAUGGUGGGGCAAGUACUUGGUGCAGUUGGAGCUUUACCUGAGAUCUUCACAGAAUUGGAAAUUUCCUAUUUCCUGCUUAGGUGGCUUCUAGGUGUUCGCACUGAAGGAGACAAGAAAGCAGCGAAAGUACAAAAGCUGUCUAAGAAUGAAGUGCUUAUGGUGAAUAUAGGAUCCCUGUCAACAGGAGGAAGAGUUAGUGCAGUCAAGGCUGAUUUGGGCAAAAUCGUCUUGACUCAUCCUGUGUGCACAGAAGUAGGAGAAAAAAUUGCACUUAGCCGAAGAGUUGAGAAACACUGGCGUUUAAUUGGUUGGGGUCAAAUAAGAAGAGGAGUGACAAUCAAGCCAACAGUAGAUGAUGACUGAAGAAUUAAAUAACAGAUUUGGAUGAAGUUGGAAUUUCUCUUAACAACCUAGGGGUAUAUUUUCAGAACAAUACUGGGAAAGUAAUUUCACAGCUCAUUACCUUAGUAGUAGCUGUAAGGUUAUUCUCAUUUUUUGGUGAUGAAAAUUUAACCUCUAGUACUGAAAUAGAGCCUACAAUAAAUGUAGAAAUUAG